AUGGCGAAGCAGAACUACACCAUCACCCUCCCCAACCUCAGAGAAGCGCCCUCCAAAACCCCCGAGGAUGCGCGGGACAUCGUCAGCGAGUGGACAGCAAAGUUCGAAAAGACUCUCACGGGGCAAAGCACGUUAGACUUGACACCCAUCUUCCGUCAAGAUGCGUGGGUCCGCGACCUCCUCGGCCUCUCCUGGGACUUCCGAACCAUCAACGGCCUCGAAACGAUAUCCGCCUACUUCAACAGGAACCAGCCACGGGCACGCCUCCGCGAGCUUGUCCCUUGUGAACAAGGCGCUUUCCGGCCAGCAUUUAGGAAUCCGGCUCCCAAUGUUCACUGGGUGGAUAGCAUGUUCGACUUCGAGACCGAGGUCGGCCGCGGCAAGGGGAUGGUGAGAUUGACACUGGAGGAGGACGAUACGUGGAAGGCGUUCAUGAUCAACUUUACGCUGCUUGAGAUGAAGGGCUUCGAGGAGAACGUAGGCGUCAACCGGCCGAUGGGCUACGUGGACCUCAAGGGUGGGAAUUGGAGGGAGCAAAGAGAGAGGCAAAAAGAGUUCCUCGACGCGGAUCCCACUGUUCUAGUCAUCGGAGCAGGUCACGCCGGUAUCAACAUCGCUGUCCGCCUCCGCCAUCUUGGCAUCCCGACGUUGAUGAUCGACCGCAACGAGCACGUGGGGGACAGCUGGCGAAAGCGAUACAGAACCCUCAUGACCCACGACCCAAUUCAGUACUGCCACCUCCCCUUCCUCCCCUUCCCGGCAGACUGGCCUAUGUUCAUGCCCAAGGAUAAACUGGCCGACUGGCUGGAGUCCUACGCAAAGAUCAUGGAGCUCAACAUCUGGACGAGCACCAACAUCGAAGAGACCAGCUACGACAGCCAUUCCAAACUCUGGACCAUCAAGCUUCGACGCGCAGACGGCACCAUCCGCACCAUCCGACCGCGGCACGUCGUCCUCGCCACGGGCCAAGCCGGCGACCCCAUCACGCCCACGUUCCGAGGCCAAGACGGCUUCCGCGGCCAAGUCUACCACGGAAGCCAGCACUCGGACGCCUCAGCCAUCAAAGACCUCGCAGGCAAGAAGGUCGUCGUCGUCGGCUCCGGCAACUCGAGUCACGACAUUUGCCAAAACUUUUACGAGAGCGGCGCGGCAGAGGUCAUAAUGGUGCAACGGGGCGGCACGUACGUCAUCACGGCAAACAAGGGCUUGUUCCUGAUGCACAAGGGCAUGUACGACGAGGGCGGCCCGCCGACGGAGGAUGCCGAUAUCGCCGCGCAGAGCAUGCCGAUCCCGGUGCAGUUUGCGCUCCAGGCUCACGGCACAAAGGCCAUUGCGGCAGUCGACCGGGAGUUGCUGGAUGGCCUGAGCAAGGCCGGGUUCAAGCUGGACUUUGGCGCCGACGGCAGCGGCAUCUACCGCAAGUACAUCACGCGGGGCGGAGGGUAUUACAUCGACAUUGGCUGCAGCAAGCUCAUCGCCGACGGCAAGGUCAAGGUCCACCACAGCCCCGAGGGGAUCUCGGGCUUCACGCCCAACGGCCUAGCCUUGGCCGACGGCGCCACAUUGGAGGCCGACAUUGUCGUCCUCGCUACGGGGUACGAUGGCAUGCGGUCCAGCGCGCGCAAGAUCCUGGGCGACGAAGUGGCUAAUCGGGUCAAGGAUUGCUGGGACCUCGAUGAGCAGGGCGAGAUCAACUCGAUCUGGAGAAGUAGUGGCCACCCUGGAGUUUGGUACAUGGGUGGGAACCUUGCCCUGUGUCGCUCGUACUCACGUCUUCUGGCUCUGCAGAUCAAAGCGGUGGAAGAGGGGCUUUUAGUUCAGACUUGA